AUGGCUCCACGGGUCUGGUUCAUUACUGGAGCUUCUUCUGGCUUCGGACGAGCGAUGACAGAGCUCGUCUUACGCGAAGGCGAGACCGUAGUCGCCACUGCGCGUUCCCCUCACACACUCGCCGAUCUCAUCACCACCCACCCAGCCGACCAACUCCUCGUCCUCAAAUGCGACGUCACAAUCCCCGAAGACAUCCUUUCCGCAUUCCGCGGUGCAUACGACAAGUUUGGGCGAUGCGACGUCGUAUUCAACAACGCCGGGUGCGCACUUGUCGCGGAAUGGGAGAACGCAGACCAGGACGAGCUGGCGAAGAACGUGUUCGAUGUGAAUUUCUGGGGCGCGGCGCGUGUGAGCAGGGAGGCGGUGAGGGUGUUUAGGGAUUUGAAUCCCGCUGGCGAGGGAGGAUUGCUGCUGACAAGCGGUUCGUUGACCGGGCAACUCGAUUCACCGGGCGCAGCGAUAUACAGUGCAAGCAAGCACGCCUUGGACGGCCUGACUGCUGCAUUAGCUAAAGAAAUCGAUCCUAAAUGGAAUAUCAAAAUCUGUAUAAUUGAACCCAGCAUGUUCAAAACCCGAAUAUUCGAGAAGGGCGGUCUUCCCGUCUUUCCACCCCAUCCAGCGUACGAGAACCCCGACCUACCUACCCAGAAGCUUCGGCGAGGAGUGGCGGCUCUUGCAGGACCGUUCGGCGACCCGAGGAAAGGCGUGGAGAGAAUAUACCAGUUGAGCAAGCUCGAGAGGAGCGAAAUCCCCCUUCGACUGCCCUUUGGCAAGCCGGCGGUGCCGGGGAUCUUGAAACACUACGAGAACGUGACGCAGGAGAUACAGAAAUUCGAGAGUUUGUCCGAGGGCUUGGAAACGGAUGGAUGA